UUUUUUUUUUUACUAUUGAAAGGAAUUUGUAUCUUUUUACUGAAGGUGGGGAUGAACUCCAAGUGAGUACCCUGAAAUCCAUUUUUUUCCCCCCAUUCUUCCUUCUGGAUUGUGUCUAAAUUCCAGAUCAUUGUUUCCAGAAUUAUUAGCCAGGAAUGGUGGAUCACUUGCUAUCAAAUAAAGAGAUAUUUCUGCCCACUGUAUCUUCCAUUGGCUUUGUGGGUGACAUGGUGACUGAUGCUAGCACCUAUCAAAUGCUGCCCUCUCCAUUUUCCGAGGAUGAGCUUAGUGACUCUUCGAGUUUCCGUUCUUGCUCCAGCCCUGAUUCUCAGGUACUCAGCUCCAGUUAUGGGAGCACCUCAAGUGCAGAAAGUCAAGAUAGCAUCCUUGACUACCUGUUGUCUCAGGCUUCAUUAGGGAAUGCCCAUGGAACUUUAUGGGACAGAAAGGGGACUCACGUACCGGUAAAAGAAGAAAACUUUGAAUUUCCUUUAUUUUCUGUAGACAUGGAGGAUUCUGGCCCAUUUCAACCUACUUUGGAGGAAAUUGAAGAAUUUCUAGAAGAAAAUAUGGAGCUAAAGGAGGGUAAUGCGGAAAUAAAUUCUUCAAAAAACAACAGCCAGGCCUUACUUACUGGGCAACAGAAAGACCAAAUAGUGCCUAGCAAGUGCGUUGAUGAAACCAAAAGUACUCAGCUUAGCAACUCUGUCAAAAAGGAUGGAGGUUCUAGUCAGGCAGUAGCCUUGGACAGCGGUGUUCCAGUUAUACUGCAGAUUCAACCUAUUCAGAUUAAACAGGAACAGAACACAAAUGCUUCAACGCCAUCCCAGUCAGACAUUAAAAUUACACAGCUCCUGGUCAACAUUCAAGGACAGACGUAUACUUUGGUUCCACAACUGGUGCAGUCAAAUAACCUCAGCAUAUCCAACAAGUUUGUUCGCAUCGCCCCAGUUCCUAUUGCAGCCAAGCCUUUGGGCAUUGGGGAUGGAAGUACAGGCCAAAGUGAAGUUGUUAUGGGGCAAAAAUAUCAGAAAAAUCCAGCAGCAGAACUGAUUAAAAUGCAUAAAUGUACUUUUCCCGGAUGUACCAAAAUGUACACUAAAAGCAGUCAUCUGAAAGCUCACUUGAGGAGACAUACGGGAGAGAAGCCAUUUGCUUGCACUUGGCCGGGCUGCGGCUGGAGGUUUUCAAGGUCAGAUGAACUCUCCAGACACCGCCGUUCACAUUCAGGAGUCAAGCCAUACCAGUGCCCAGUGUGUGAGAAAAAAUUUGCUCGGAGUGACCACCUGUCAAAGCACAUCAAGGUACAUCGCUUUCCAAGAAGCAACAGGACAAUGCGUGCAACAAACUGAUUUACUGAACACGUGUCUCAGCUUUGGACAAUAGCCAAUGAAAACCGGAAACAGCAGGAAUCGCUGGGAGGAGAGAAAGCACUUCUUCGUGGUACUGUGAUAAUUUAUUGCCUGAAGAG